CAUGAGCUGUGUCUACGUCGGGUUUCCUGUGUCACAGAGAACACAAAGCCAUCAAACAGCCAGAUUGCCCUGAGAGUCUACGGGCGAGGUCAGCAGCUCUACACCAAUGGCCAAAGCAUUCUACCGAAACCUUGUUCUGCUUGUACUGUUAUUCUUACCUACAGCACUCAACCAACUGAAUCAAGAAUGCACGAGAAAGAGAGAUGUGAAAGGCAGCCGAAGAUUCCCCAUUGUACAGACGAAUAACAAAACUAUCAACACCAUCAAUGGUUCAGCCUCAGUGCAUCUGAAAAGUGCAGUCACCACAGUGCUGUUGCCCUGCCUUUAUCUCCUGGUGUUCACCAUUGGCCUUCCAGCCAACGCCCUGGCUCUCUGGGUCCUGCUCACUCGAAUUAAGAAGCUGCCCUCCACAGUCUUCCUGAUGAACCUGGCCUUCACUGACCUUCUCUUAAUGCUUGCCCUCCCUUUCAGAGUUACAUAUUAUCUAUUGGGGAAUGACUGGCCCUUUGGGGAGCUGAUGUGUAAGGCCUGCACUGCACUGUUCUAUGGCAACGUCUAUUGUUCCAUCCUGUUCCUAACUUGCACCAGCGUUGAUCGGUACCUGGCUGUCGUGCACCCCUUUCUGUCAAAGGCAGUCCGAAAGACAAGCUCUGCGUACUAUGUGAGUGCCACAGUGUGGGUGCUGGUCAUUCUCCUUCUGCUGCCAUAUUACAUCAACCAGCAGGCUUACUUCAUCCAGCAUCUCAAUAUCACCACAUGCACUGAUGCACUCCCACAGGAGGAUCUGGUUGGUUACUUCUUCUAUUACACUGUUUGUCAGGUCGUUUUUGGUUUUGUGAUUCCCUGCUUAAUAACCGUCUUUUGCUACAUGUCUGUCAUUGCCACAUUGGUUUUAAGUGGCAAGCAAUAUGCCCAUGCGGUAAAGGUCACCUUGUUAGUGCUCCUAGUGUUCCUGCUGUGUCUUACCCCAUUUCAGAUGACCCUGAUAGUCCAGUCCCACACACUCAGCAGUGACACUUACAGCUAUGUCAUGCUCUGCCGAGUGCUCAGCACCCUUAAUAACUGCAUUGAUCCAUUCAUUUAUUACUACAUCUCAGAGGAGUUCAGGGACAAACUGAGAUCUGCAAUCUCUACCCUGAAAAAUGAAACAAGUUCUGGCAAAUCAGGUCAGAGUCUCCUUCAGAGCAGUAGUGCAUCAGAGCCAGGGCACCAGCCAGCACAGUUAUCUCCUCAGAUCAAUGAGAAACUUUUGGGGAAUUUCCCUGUCAGACCAGACCAGUGUGCAGGGCUUAUCUAGUGCUUUCUAACAUAACCCAUAAGAAUUACUGUGGGAACCUACAGUUUGUCAUUCUAGACCCUUCCAUUCUUUUGAAACUUCAAAUUGAAUUAUGCUAAGUGCAUCAUCUGCUGAAACCUUACUGUAGAAAGGACAGCCCUGUUGGAAGUUAUGAAACAACCUUUUUGACCCUUUGACUUCAGACACUAUGCCCAGGAUCACAAAGUCAUUAUCACAGAUUGACACAAGGAAAAAGCCCCUUCAGACGCCACACUUUCCAAAAGCAACCACCUCUUGUGAUCUCGUUUCCCAGCAUUGGGCCCAUAGUCUCUCAGCUUGACAUCCAAGGUGCAUUUAAAUAUUACAUAAAUGUUAUAGAGUUUCUGCCUCUGCCACCCUCUGGCUGGAAGAGUUAACCACCACCCCCCAAAUCUCAAAAACCUUCUGCCUGUUACUGUAAGGCUGUACCCCCAGUUGCUGAUCCUGGCACCAAAGGAAGUCUGUACAUGUCCACCCUGUUUAUGUUGAAUUUUAUAAAUCUUUUCCUUUGGUGCCACUCUGCAUCACCAUCAAUUAAAAUUUCAAUAAAGAAAAGCAGCUUCUACUGGUGGGAGUCAGCCAAAGGGGAAGCAUCAAAAGCCAAGCAAAAGAGCAAUUCCCCGAAGAGCUGCAGAAUGGGGGUAUGCAACUGAAACUUGAGUUGCAGGUUGGGGGAAACGUAGUCCAGACUUAACCAGCAGAAACUUUUCAGGCAGCUGCCCAUUCCCCUACCAUACAAGUGGCCAAUUUUUAAAACCACAGAAAGUACAAACAACAUGCUGAUCUCAAGUCAAACUUUGGAAACAUUGCCAGGUGAGGGGUUUAUUGCCUUUAAUAGCCAUGAAGUCUGGCUUUGAAGCAAGGAGGGAUCCUGUAUUGACUGUUGCCAAGCAACCCAACCUGGAUAUUUGUUUCUCAAACCCAGGGAAUGAGAAAAAUGUAACACCAAUUCACUUGGUUAAAAUUUUGGGAACCGAUGCAUUUUCUACAUUUCCUUUCUGGUAGAAGAAUGAUUUCAAAUUAAAACUGAAGCUCUUUGGAUUAAGCAUCAGUUUUGCAUUGGACUUAAAGGGAAAUUCUUCAAUCCAAUGUUUAGAUGUUAAUCCAGUUUGGUCACAUUUGCCUCUU